UGUCACCGCCAUGGCAACCAAGGGCCCGAAGCCCAGUUCCGGCGGCACGAAAAGAUCGUCGGGCACUACCACCGUGUUCCCGGUAGGGAAGCCCGCGGGCCCGCCGCGGCCGGCGACGACGAAGGGGUCGGCGCCCGUGAAGCUGCUGACGAACGUGGAGAAGCUGCGGCUGCUGACCAAGGCGGAGAAGGCGGGCCUGCUGUCCGCGGCGGAGCGCGCCGGGCUGUCGCUGUCGGCGGUCGAGCGGCUCGGGUUGCUGUCCAAGGCGGAGGAGCUCGGGGUGCUGUCGGCCGCCACCGACCCCGGCACCCCCGGCUCGCUGCAGGGCCUCGCGCUCCUGCUGCUGGCCGCCGGCCCCGCCGUCGUCUUCCUCGUCCCCGAGCAGUACCCCUGGGAGGUGGCGCUGCAGGCCGUCGCCGCCCUCGUCUGCGUCGCCGGGGGCUCCUCCGCGUUCGCCGCAUCCAGCUUCGUGUCCAGGCUCCAGGGCUCCUCUGGCUGAUCUCGACGAACUCUGCUUGCUUCAGCAUCGACCGGGUGUCAAUUGCUGCGUUUGAUUCUAGCACCUGUGAUCUUGCGUAGAGUUAAUCUACUGUACUCCUGUAAAGAUGGGCUGAUAUUUAUACGAUGCGCCAUUCGGUUGCAAUACUGCAGGUUUUUGUAUUAAAGGGGUGUUGUCGAACUUCUGAUGGAAGCACUUCUGUACUUAGUUUAUCUGUAUCUUUAAAAGGAUUCAGAAUCAGAAUUGCUUUUAAAAAAAGAGUUAAUUAUAA